AUAGAAAUCAAUGGUUUUCUCUAUUUCAUGAUCGAUUCUGAGAAAUUCCAUGGCUCUACCUCUCGGCAAGCUCACUAUCCUCGUUGGUGCUGGCAUUGUUGGGUCAGUACUUGCUAAGGAAGGACGAUUGCCAGAUGUCUCCGAUUUUUUCUCCGGCGCAUUUAAGAUUGCCUUGAGGCAAAUUCGACAAGAUAAAUCAACCAGUUCAACUCCAAAGCCACGCAAUGAUUCCUUGCUGCAGCAGGUUAAUAGCUUACGGCAGGAGCUGCAACUCUUGGCUUCAAAUAGAUCUGUUACAAUCGUGACAUCAAGUGGAUCAGGUUCUAGCAGAUAUACUAUAAUCAUUGUUGUUGUGGUGAUGGGGUAUGGCUAUAUUUGGUGGAAGGGUUGGAAGCUUCCUGAAUUUAUGUUUGCGACCAGGCGGAGCUUAUCUGAUGCAUGUGGUAGUGUGUCCAAACAGCUUGAGAGUGUAUAUACAUCUAUUUCUGCCACAAAGCGCCAUUUAGCUUCACGAAUUGAUCGCGUGGAUACUAAAAUUGAUGAUUGUGUGGAUAAUACUGCUGCAACAAGAGACGAGGUUUCUGAAAUUCGAGGAAAAGUGAGAACAUUUGGUGAGGAUGUCCAGUCAGUUCAUCUUGUUGUCCAAUCAUUGGAGACAAAAAUUAGUAGAAUUGAAGGGAGACAGAAUGAAACAAACUAUGGUGUGGGAAAGUUGCUUUCUUUUGCGAGGAGCAUUGAAACUAGUAGACCCAAGGAGCAGAUUGAGGCACCUCCAUCUAGCUCAUCUAGACCUGCCCUUGAAUUACCAUCAGUAGCUUCCUCAGCACAGGCUGGGUCUUUGCCUCCAAGUUUAUCAGUCGAAUCAUCAUCUCCAUCUGCUUCUAGUGUAUCUCCGAAGCGUCCUUUGCAUGGUGCUGUAUCUGCCUCAGGCCUUAAGGAGCUUGGAGGUAUAUCAGAUAUAGUCCAAGUGUCAAGUGAAAGCAGCCCUCAGGUUUCCAAUGCUGUUUUCACCUCAGAACAGAGGAGCAAUGAGAACUCUGGUUUUGGUAGCGUGUUUGGGCGUAAUUUUGCAGGCAGUGGUGCUUCUCUUCUCACAAGAAGCCGCAGUGCUAUGCAGAGUUUUAAGUGAGGUGGUUCACCAAUCAUUAAAAUAAUUGAACUUCUCUAUGGUAUAUAUUAAAAGUAGUGUUGCUGCUGAGCAUCUAUCUUGGCUCAGGGAGUAUUUUGCCAUUUUUUUAUGGCUGCUGAAUUUUGUAGAGCCAAUAUUUAAUGAGGUACUUAGGAUACAUGUGUACGUUCAUGCUAGAAAUUGUUUACCUACCUUUAGAUAAGCUGAAGAAAGGAAAAACAGGAAAUUGGAUGAAGGGAUCUUCAUGUCAAUUUAUCUCCUU